CAAGUGCAAUUAAGGAUGACAACACAGGAUGGAAAUUAUCUUUUUAAUAGAAGGAAGUUGAUGCAGUUGUGUUGUGUGGAACAGUUUGCGCAGGAUCCGUCAUGGGGAGGAUUUCAUCAACUAAAGAUUCAAAGGAAAGCCGCAAAGAAAAAUCUGGGAGGAAUCGCCUAUCAAAUAAUUCUCUUAAGAAUAAUGGAGAUGCUGGCAUUUCGGGGAGCUCAUUUUAACUGGGAUGAUUACUUGAAAGAAAGUGGAGAAGUUCCAGCUCCCCUGCACUGUUUUAGACAGCCGAGAAUUCCACCCAGCAAUGAGUUCAAAAUCAAUAUGAAGCUUGAGGCUCAGGAUCCAAGAAAUGUUACCUCCAUUUGUAUCGCUACAGUGGUUGGAAUAACAGGAGCAAGACUGCGAUUACGGCUUGAUGGGAGUGACAACAAAAAUGACUUUUGGAGAUUGGUUGACUCAUCUGAUAUACAACCUAUUGGGACUUGUGAGAAGAACAGUGGAAUGCUGCAGCCUCCACUUGGAUUCCGAAUGAAUGCAUCCUCCUGGCCAAUGUUUCUGUUGAGAACACUAAAUGGAGCUGAAAUGGCCCCAACAUCUAUAUUUAAAAAGGAACCUCCAAGUCCACAGCAUAAUCAUUUUAAAGUUGGGAUGAAACUGGAAGCUGUGGAUCGGAAAAACCCUCAUCUGAUUUGUCCAGCGACUAUUACUGAAGUGAAAGGAGAAGACAUUUUUAUAACAUUUGAUGGUUGGAGAGGCGCAUUUGACUACUGGUGCAAAUAUGACUCCAGUGAUAUUUUUCCAGUGGGGUGGUGUAGCCUGACAGGAGAUAGUCUCCAGCCACCUGGAAAUAGGGUUUCUAUUCCAAAGAAUAUUCCUGCAACUCCAUCAACUCCUUCCAGAUUGACUAAAAGGACGAUGCAGCUACCACAGAAACCUAAUGAGAUGCCAACACAGAAGGGGCGUAAAAGCAUUCGAGGCAAACAACCUGGGCAGUCCCCUUCAAAAAAUACCAUACCAUUGCAAAUUAAUUCAUCACCUAAAUCUGUUUCUGGUGCUGAUCCAAUCAAACCAACGAAAAGAGGAGCAAAGCCUGGAGUGAAGAGAAAGACUCGCAUAGUACCGAGUCCACAUCCUCCUUCACCCACCACAACAAUGCCCGAACCUGACAUCAGUAGUGCCCAGGGACCUCAAGAUGCUGCCAGUAUUCCUAGUACAACUCCAUCAGUAUUGUCCACAGUUUGUGUGUAUGUUAACAAACAUGGAAACUGUGGACCACAUUUGAAUAAAAAAAAAGUUCAGCAACUUCCAGAUCACUUUGGGCCUGGCCCUGUGCCGAUAGUGCUUCAACAGGCUGUACAGGGCUGUGUUGAUUGUGCUUACCAAGCGAAAACAGUCUUCUCAUUUUUAAAGUCAGGACAUCACGGAGGAGAAGCAAUAACUGCCUCGUUUGAUGGAGAGAAGCACACAGUGAAGCUUCCAUCUGUAAAUAGUGUUUCAUUCGUGUUACGAUUUCUGGAAAAACUCUGUUACAGUCUGCAGUGCGAGAACCUCUUUAGCAGCCAACCUUUCAGCCCAUAUAUGGGAAAUGCACAUAGUCCAACAGAAUAUGAGAGAGUAAAAUCAGCCAAAGAAGAGAUUCAGAUCCAUUCUUUAAAACGAUUUCCAAAAAAUCCACCUCCAUCUCCCAUCUCUCCAAAACUUCCUAGAGCAGAAUCUCAUCCUUCAGAAGAAAUAUUACCUGCAGAAGAUAAUGUUACACCAAAGGAACACAAAUAUUCGGAGACCUUGGAUUCUGCUAAACCACCUAGCCCCUCUCAACGAAAUUCAAGUGAAUAUCGUAACUCAGGAAAUAAACUUGUUUUCAGAAAUUCAGUUGUACCAUCCUGUUCUACCUCAAACUCUACAUCAACUUUACGAAGAGUGGCUUCAAACUCCGCAGCAAAUAAUGGUUACUACGAUGUUAACAGAGCCCGAAUGCAAAGGAGAAUAGAAGCUGCAAGUUCUACUACUGGACCUGACCUUCAUUCGACAGAACGAGACUCUCCAAGAACUAAUAGCAAAGAUCCUUCAACUUGGUCUAUUGAAGAUGUCAUGAAGUUUGUUAAAGAUGCAGAUCCCAUGGCUUUGGCACCACAUGCAGAUCUCUUCAGAAGACAUGAAAUUGAUGGAAAGGCACUGCUCUUACUGCGAAGUGACAUGAUAAUGAAAUACAUGGGGCUGAAGUUGGGUCCAGCUUUGAAGCUUUGUUAUCAUAUUGAAAGAUUGAAGCAUGGAAAGUACUAACAGAGGAUAACAUUUUUUCAUCAACCUGAUGGAAAUUUUGAUCCCUAAAGCCACUGAAAUCCUUUUUGUGAAAUAUUUUUCAGAUUUCUCUUGUGAGGAGUGGCUGCUUUGCUGUUUAAUGAGACAUUUAAAGCUAUAGAAAUGUACAGUUUCAUCCUGCAAUGUAGUAUUGAAAUGGCCCUUGUUUUAAUCAUUGUCAAAGGAUGUUUGUGUACGUUUUUGUUUUCAAGGGUGCUGAAAAUGCUAAAUAUUGUGCAUUUAUACUAUUUCUGUAAAUUCAUUCAUUCUUUAAACACAAUUCAGUCUGCAGUUAGUCAUGCAGGCCUUUCAUUGUAUGUUCCUGAUUUUAAUAUGCACGUUUUACAAUAUUCCAUUUGCAAUACCUGAUAAUCCACAAAUACAGUUUGUUUCCUGUUUCCAAAAUAGCUAAAAUCCAAAGGAUAUCUGCAUCAGGAUUUUACUGUACUAAAAUGUUUAUGCAAAGCUUCUAGAUUACUAGAAGGAUUUUUGAAUGAUCAGGUGUUCUUGCCUUGUUAGCAAAUCCCGUGACUGUUCUUACCUAGCUCUUCCUAUGCUCCAGUGGAGCAAACAGUCUUGUAUCAUAUGUUCAACCAGACUAAUGCUGUCACACCUUUUGGGGUCAGACAGUAGUUUACAUUGUUAUGCAGUAAUUGAAAACUAGACCAGUACAAUGUCUUGGAAGGUUACAUUGAGACAUUUACAUUUAUACUAUGUUCUUACCCUCAAUUUUUUUAAACAUAAUUUGUUGACUAUAUGGAUUAGUCAACUAGCCAUGUUUUUAUACACUGUGAGAUCUAACAUAUUGAUAGUAAUCAAUUUUACUAUCUGUGCCUGUGAAGAUAAAUUAAAUCAGGGACAAGAAUGUAACAUUUCCUAGCCAGUAACAGUUUGAAUGUAUUUCAUAAGUAAAUUAAUUGGAAGAAGUAACUAUUUUACACAUGUAGUCUGUGAAAAUAGUUUAUUUUGUUGCUGGUUGCCUUUUUGUACAAGGUAAUUUCCUUUUAGUAAAAUAAAAGCAAAAUAUUUUUUGCAUAGGUAAUGAAACACUUAUGGGAAAAGAUGCUUUAUGCUUAACAAACAUUUUGUAGUUAUAUAAACUCGUGUAACUUUUGUAAGUGUAGUCAUGUUAUAAUUUAAGAAUAGUCUUUGUUAUUGUUUAUAAACAGUCCUGUUUUGGUUUUAACUGAGCAUCUCUCUCUGUUGCAAUUCUAAUAAGCAAUAGUCAAAGCACUGUAUAUAUAAUAAAACAUCUUGGCAAGAAAUAAAUGAUUUUGGUCAGU